CCUGCGCAAGAUCCCCUCCAAGCUCCUGGUGGCGGAGCUCUACCAGCAGUGGAUGGCCGCCCUGCAGAAGAGCAGCAGGGAGGAGAGGCUGGUGGGGCUGAAAGAGGUGGCCCGAAAGUUACCCGAGGCCAACCUCCUCCUCCUCAACACCUUGCUGCGGCUGCUGCAGAACAUCAGCAGCAACGCCACCGUCAGCAAGAUGACAGCCAGCAACCUGGCCAUCUGCGUGGGGCCCAACCUCCUCGGCCCACCAGAGGAGGACACGCUCCCUCUGGACACGCUGGUGCAGGCGACAGCCAAGGUGACCCAGCUGGUAGAGUUCCUCAUCAACCACCGGGAGGAACUCUUUGAGGCCGAGGAGGAGCGGGAGGAGGAGGAAGAGGGGGCUGGGCUCGCCGCUGAAGGGGCCGAGGAGUCGCCGGCAGCAGGAGCAGAGGCGGAAAGCGCCGAGGUGCCUGCAGCCGCUGCAGAAAGCGAAGGCCAGCACAGCUCCUCUGGGCAGAGCAGCUUGCCAGGCUCUUCGCGGGAGGGGGGAAAUCCUUCCCCCCGGAAGAGAAAGCUCCCGCGCGAAGAGGAGAGCGAUGCGCAGCCCAGCAAGCGCAGGAGGAGCCUGGAGCCAGGGAGCUCAGGAGCGGGCGACUGAGCCAAGCCAGGUUGAAGAGGAAGUCGCCCUCAUGUUGCCACCCUCACGUUGGCUCGGCCGGACGGUCCAGAGUUUGUUUUAGUUAGUUUGUUGGUUAGCAAGUUAGUUAGUUUGUUAGUUAGUUUGUUUGUUGGUUUGUUACUUAGCAGGUUAGUUAGUUUGUUUGUUGGUUAGUUACUUAGCAAGUUAGUUAGUUAGUUAGUUUCUAGUGUAGGUAGCUGUGUACUGAGUGCACUUUUUUUUCACAUACGGGUUUGCAAGUUUCCAAAAUUUUCCCAUAGGUUUUUGAGCCAGUAGGGCAAGAGAGUUUGUUUGUUUGUUUGUUUGUUUGUUUGUUUGUGAGUUAGUUAGCAAGUUUGUUAUUUUGUUUGUUUGUUAGUUUCUAGUGUAGGUAGCUGUGUACUGAGUGCACUUUUGGUUCACUUACGGGUUUGCGAGUUUCCAAAAUUUUCCCACAGGCUUUUGAGCCGAUAGGGCCAGAGAGUUGGUGAGUCAGGUCGGUAGGUAGGUAGGUACAUUUGGCUGAACUGCACAAGCUCCCAACAAAUGUCUGGAGAACAGCCCUGCUGUCAACAACGUCUGCGGCUGCACAAGAUGAGGGCCUGUCUGAAGGAGCUGCAAGAAUCCACUGCCAAGCAAGAAAACCUGGCGACCGAGCGACUGAGGCAGGAUCCAGCUGUGCGAGCCUCAGUCCUGCUGAGCAGGGUGUCCGGCGCGGAUGUGAGCCCUGGCUGCAGCUGUGAGGGGACCGUGGCCCCGCGAGGUGCCAAAGGAAGAAGACUUGCUGCUGCGUCAGGGCACGACUUACCUGUUGUGGUUGUUCUCUCACUGCACAGUCCAAUGCGACGUUCUGCUCACUCAGGCAAAGCCCAGUUUAAACAAAGGAAUGUAUUACUUUAGCCAGUUGCGAGUUACCGAUUUCCAGUGAUUCCUCAUUUCUACCUCCUCUUUUGUUUGGUACAUUCCAGAAAGUUUCUGUAACUAAAGAUUUAGCAAGUUUCAGAGAGGUUUUAGAACGAAUCACCUUGAUUCUGCCACUUGAUCUCUUACAGACUUAACGUUGAACUUGGAGAUGUUCAUCAAUACGUUCCCUCCUUUCCACCCGAAAUUAAUAACAGUAAAAUAAACCUGAGAAUGCCAAGAAGAUGCUUCCUGUGCUGCUUUCUUUUGAAAUGUAAUCAACAUCUUUAUAAAAGAAAAAAUUAUCAUGGAGCGUUCUAUACAUUGCUAUGAAUAACUAAACAUUGUGGUAUUCUAAUCAGCGAUAGUGGUGGUCUUG